AUGAAGCUUUCCUCGACCCUUUUUGUACUUGCAACGUCGCUGGUCUCAGCAUCGCCAACCCCUACUCUCGAGGAGGGUGUGGCGAAGGUAUUGGACAAGAGAGCAAGCAUCACCGAUGCUGCCAGCGUCGGCUAUGCUACGCAGAACGGAGGCACAAAGGGUGGAGCUGGCGGAUCGACCACUACCGUCAGCACGCUGCCCCAGCUGUCUGCCGCAGCCAGUGCCGAAGGAGCGAGCGUGAUCAUCGUGCAAGGCGCCAUCAGUGGUGCGGCCAAGGUGCAAGUCACGAGCGACAAGACCAUCGUCGGAAAGGCAGGUAGCUCCCUUACCGGCAUCGGCCUCACGAUCAAUGGACAAAAGAACGUAAUUGUCAGGAACAUGAAGAUCGCCAAGGUCCUCGCGGACUACGGCGACGCCGUUACCAUCCAGCUAUCGACCAACGUCUGGGUCGACCACUGCGACCUCUCCGGCGACGAGACAGUCGGCAAGGACACAUACGACGGUCUGGUUGACCUUUCACACGCAGCAGAUUUCGUGACCAUCUCGAACACCUACUUCCACAACCACUCCAAGGGCACACUAGUAGGCCACUCGGACUCCAACGCCGCCGAGGACACGGGCCAUCUCCGCGUCACCUACGCCAACAACCACUUCUACAAGGUCUCCUCCCGGGGCCCCCUCCUGCGCUUCGGCACGGCCCACAUCUUCAACAACUACAACGAGCAGAGCACUGGCGUCAACACGCGCAUGGGCGCGCAGGCGCUGGUGCAGAGCACCGUGUUCGAGAACAGCGGAAAAAAGGCGGUCUUCACGGAGAGCAGCGAUGCAGACGGGUAUGCUGUGGUCAUCGACACCAUCUUUGGUGGCGAGAGUGCGAACACGGCGCCUCAGGGGACGUUGACCGCAAGCUCUCCCCCAUACACGUACUCUCUCCUGGGCAGCGCCAACGUCAAGGCCGCUGUGACGAAGGAGGCUGGCCAGACGCUGUCGUUCUAG